UUCUUCACUAUAUAUGUUUUGUGAUGUCAUAGGAAGUGGAUAGAUUUGAUAAUACUGUUAAAAGUAAGUAUGGGUAGAAUUGAUCAUAAAUUUGUUAAGUGGGAAAGUGAGUUGAUUGUAACCUAGAAAGACGCAUUGCAUUUAUCUAAUAUCCUUUUCAUUCCGCUUCGACCAAUCCCCUCUUGCGGAUUUCACUAUACUUUAUUUUUAGUUAUUAUUAUAUAUCCGUCAGCUGGGCCGGCCCACCCACUCCACGAAACUUCGUACAACUGGACCUUAGUUUAAGAGGUGAAAAUUUUAGUUUUAGUAAUAAAGGAAGGUAUAAUUCCAAAUCCCAUUAUAAAACUCACAAACUCCCAAACAUGCAAAAUGAAAAAGCCUCAGAUGCUACAGUCUGGACAAGCCGACGAAUGACAACCUCUCAACUCUCAACUAUAAAAAUCUCUUUUCUUUUCCUUUUCGCCUGAUUUUGCAACUUACAUUUCUAAUAUGACAUCAAAUCAUAAUAAUAAAAGUUGAUCGCAAAAAGCAGGUGUGUGGUAACAUGGGGAGUUUAAAGAACGACAUAAUAAAAAAUGAGGUUGGCAGUGAAAUAACAAGUUUUAAGGACCAGAAUUCUUACAUCAAACUGCUUCCAGAGGACUCUCUUGCCUCUUCUGAAUCCAAGAAAGUCACUCCUAUCUCCUCGGACUUUGAACUCGAUUGUGGCAGCUUAAUACCUACCAGCCUCACUUUCCCUCCCGGAGGUGGCGACGAUGAUGAUGUUGAAAUCCAAUCUCCUGAUAACUCAAUCUGGGAGUCCUUCUUUGCUGAUCAGCUGGAGGCAGAUUUCAUGAUCUCUUCCCCCGUCAGGAACCUUUCCUCGACUUCGACUUUCUGUACUACUACUACUACUCACAAUAACAACACAUACACACAUCAUAAUCAGGGAAUUCAUGGGCAGAGCAUGAUGAUGUGCUCCCCUCCUCGCUCUCCCUUGAGACCUAAUAAUUACAACUCCACUAAUAAAGGCAAGGGACUUAGCCCCUUCCAAAAAGUUUUCAACUCUCCUAAUAACCAGUUCAUGCAAAUUGAGAGCUUUAACCUGCCAGCUCUUGAGAGUUUCUUAGAUGAUGAUUUGGCAUCCGAAUAUUCCACACUCAAAGUUUCAGAUGUUGGAUCCUCUUCCGAGUCUCUCUCAGUAAUUCCUGAUUUUUUAGAGUGCCUGGCGUUGCCAAAUUCAUCAUCCAAUACGUCCGCUAGCUUUAUGGGAUCAUUACUCAGCAACACAUCUGUCGGACAAGUAGACGAUGAGAUUUUCCAGACGGGGUCUAUUGCACCUCUGUCACAACAGCUACAUCAAGAACGACACCAUGAGAAGCAACAAAAACAAAUACCAACACAUGUUCAACUACCAUCAACACAACAACAAUAUACGCAAAUGAUCAAUCACAAUUUGGUUGUUGCUGCACCUGAUCAGGAACAGGACAGUGGCUUACAAUUGGUGCACCUUCUCCUUGCCUGUGCUGAAGCAGUCUCCAAAGAGGACUAUAUGUUGGCAAGAAGGUAUCUCCACCACCUGAAUCGAGUAGUCACCCCAAUCGGUGACUCAAUGCAACGAGUGGCUUCUUGCUUCACGGAAGCUCUUACUGCUAGACUUGCCGCAACAUUAGCCACUAAACCCAGCACCUCUGUCCCAAAACCUUUCAAUCCUUUUCCUCCUAAUUCCCUUGAAAUCCUCAAGAUCUAUCAGAUUCUUUACCAAGCCUGCCCUUAUGUCAAAUUUGCUCAUUUCACAGCUAAUCAAGCCAUAUUUGAAGCAUUUGAAGCAGAGGAGCGCGUUCAUGUUAUUGAUUUAGACAUCCUUCAAGGUUAUCAGUGGCCGGCUUUUAUGCAGGCCUUAGCAGCCCGACCUGGCGGUGCUCCUUUCCUUCGUAUCACAGGAGUGGGUUCGUAUCCGGAAGCGGUCAGGGAAACAGGUCGAUGUUUGACAGAACUGGCGCAGUCCCUCCACGUUCCUUUUGAAUUUCACCCGGUGGGGGAGCAGCUUGAGGAUUUGAAACCGCACAUGUUCAACAGAAGGAUAGGUGAGGCUUUGGCGGUGAAUUCGGUGAAUAGACUCCAUCGAGUCCCAGGGAAUUGUAUUGGGAACUUGUUAGGCAUGAUCAGAGACCAAGCUCCAAAUAUAGUAACGAUCGUGGAGCAAGAGGCGAGCCAUAACGGACCGUAUUUCCUGGGUCGGUUCCUGGAGGCACUGCACUACUAUUCGGCCAUCUUUGAUUCCCUGGACGCUACAUUUCCAGGGGAUUCAUCACAGAGGGCAAAAUUGGAACAGUACAUAUUUGGACCUGAGAUAAUGAACAUAGUUUCGUGUGAGGGAAUGGAGAGAAUGGUGCGGCACGAGAGGUUAGAAAAGUGGAGGAGGGUGAUGGAAGGAAAAGGUUUUAAAGGAGUAGCACUGAGUGCAAAUGCAGUCACACAAUCCAAAAUAUUACUGGGUCUCUACUCCUGUGAUGGUUAUAAAUUGACAGAGGACAAUGGUUGCUUGCUUUUGGGAUGGCAAGAUAGGGCCAUUCUUGCUGCCUCUGCAUGGCGAUGCUGAUUCAUUUCAUUACUUUUCUCAAUACUCUACUUUCACUUUCCUUCUUGAAGAAUUACGAAAAAGUGUUCAUUUCUUUCAAUUAUGACUUAUUUCCAUCAUCAAUAUACUAAUAAUUUUCGAAAUUGGUCCCCAAAAGUAGAGUCUGGCAAGUGUCACAAUGAAUAAAAGAUUUUUGCCAGUUUCUUUGCGCUA